UGAACGCAGGCGGUGAAUUGCAAUUUACUUGAAAUAGAUUAAAUUAUUCGAUUAGAACUUAAGCUGUAAUCAUGCGAGAUUUUCUUAUAGUAUUUGCUUUCUUACCUUUGAAUUUAUUAAUAGUAAGAUCGACUAGUGCGAACAAUAUGACGCAACCUUUAUUUUUAACGACGCUUAUUAGUAAUGCUUCGGUGUCUCGUGAACAAAUACGCGAAAUGUGUCGUGUAUCGGGAGAGUUAUUUAAUGAUAUCGUAAGCUAUUCGGGUUAUUUGACAGUUAACUCGGAAUACAAUUCAAAUAUGUUUUUUUGGUAUUUCCCAUCGGAAAUUAAUACUACAAGUGCGCCUUUAUUGCUAUCAUUGGAGGGAGGGCCCGGUUUGUCAUCUAUAAUGAGUGUCUUGGCUGAAACUGGCCCUUUUGCUUUGGACCGUAAGGGGCAAUUAAGGAAACGUGAAUAUCGCUGGUGUAAAACUCAUCAUGUUAUUUAUUUGGAUAAUCCGGUCGGAAGUGGUUUUAGCUUUACUGAUCACGAAGAAGGUUACGCUCGUAACAUGGAAGAUGUGGCUGAUAAUUUGCAUGAAGCCCUACAGCAACUGUUUGAACUAUUUGAAUGGAAUACAGAAAAUAUAGAAUUCUUUAUUUAUGGCGAAUCGUAUGCGGGUAAAUAUAUACCUGCUUUGGCUUAUCGCAUUUACAAGACAUUGGAUUCUCACAAUACACGUAUAAAAAUUCCUUUAAACGGCAUCAUUAUUGGCAAUGGCUUAAUUGAUCCUUUACAUCAGAUCCAGUAUGGGGAUUUUCUGUUCCAUUUGGGUCUGAUUGACGAUAACGGUCUGAAGGAGUUCCAUAAAUACGAAAAAAAUGCUGAACUAUAUAUUAAAGAGAACGAUUUAGAAAAAGCUUGGAAAGAAAUUGAUACUUUGCUGUAUGGUGUUGACGUUGCAACGACAGUAUUUGAAAAUCUUACCGGCUAUUUACAUACAUAUAACUAUUUGCAUAUUCAGCGGGAUAAUGAGCCAUUUAUGGAUAUAGUAAAAUUUGCAUUGUCCAUACAAAUGCAUCAAGCAUUGCAUGUCGGAUCGAGAACCUUUGCUUCCAACAUUUUUAAGGGUGAAAAUAAGGUAUACAACAUGCUGAAGCCGGAUUUUAUGCAGAGCGUUACUCCUUGGCUUGAAGAGCUAUUAAAUAAUAAUUACUCGGUAUGCAUUUGUUCAGGUCAAAUGGAUAUUUUAUUGGGCUACGGUGUGACUCGUCGUUUGGUAAAAAGUUUGAAAUUUCAAUCGUCUGAAAACUUUCAUAGUGCAGAACGUCACUUAUGGUACGGCAAUCAGCGGAAGGAUGUCAAAGCAUAUUACAAGCGAGCCGGCCAUUUAACGGAGGUUAUGGUGCGUAAUGCCGGACAUCGUCUUAUUAGAGAUCAACCGGAAUUUAUGUAUAAUUUUUUGAAAAAAUUUACACACCGCAAAGUUUAGCUCCCAAAAAAAAAAAAAAGAAAAAAACAAAAUUAAUAAAUAAAACAAAAAAAAAACAACGGACUAGACACACUCGUGCCUAAUUCAUAAAUUCGAAGU